GACGGAGUGGGUAUUGCAAAAACCGAAAAAGAAACGAUAGGGCAAACGAAAAUAAAAAUAGCCAUGGGAAAUGGGGACUUAUUCCAAUUAGGGUUUAAGUGCUAAAAUCAACUCAGGAAUUAUGAUGCAGUUGAGGAAAACGGACACGUUGCUUCGUUCCGUUGGAACGUAUCUUGCCGUCGUUCGCCACUUUUCCGCUUCGGCGGAGGCAAGAGUAGGCUCCGCCGCCGCCAGUUCCAGCGGCGGUGGAGACACGCUGGGGCGGAGGCUUCUGAGCCUUGUGUACCCGAAACGCAGUGCCGUCGUCGCCAUCAACAAGUGGAAGGAAGAGGGUCACGAGCCCCCUCGCAAAUACCAGCUCAAUCGCAUUGUUCGAGAGCUUCGCAAGGACAAGCGUUACAAACACGCACUCGAGGUAUGUGAAUGGAUGACCUUACAGAAAGAUAUGAAGCUGGUGCAAGGUGACUAUGCUGUCCACUUGGACUUGAUAACUAAAGUUCGUGGUUUGAAUAGUGCAGAAAAAUUCUUUGAGGAUCUUCCUGAUAGAAUGAGGGGCAAACAAACCUGCUCUGCACUUCUCCAUGCCUAUGUCCAAAAUAAUUUGGUUGACAAAGCUGAGGCCCUCAUGUUGAAAAUGUCAGAAUGUGACUUAUUGAUAAAUCCUCUUCCUUAUAACCACAUGAUAUCUCUCUAUAUCUCAAAUGGGAAGCUAGAAAAGGUUCCUAAAAUUAUUCAGGAACUAAAGAUGAACACUUCCCCAGAUAUUGUCACUUUCAAUUUAUGGUUAGCUGCUUGUGCCUCACAGAAUGAUGUUGAAACUGCAGAAAGAGUUCUGCUUGAGUUAAAGAAGGCAAAAAUAGAUCCGGACUGGGUAACAUACAGUACAUUGACCAAUUUAUACAUAAAAAAUGCUAGCCUUGAAAAAGCUGGAGCUACUGUUAAAGAAAUGGAGAACAGAACCUCGAGGAAAACCCGAGUUGCAUAUUCCUCUCUUCUUAGCUUGCAUACAAACAUGGGGAACAAAGAUGACGUUAAUCGAAUAUGGGAGAAAAUGAAGGCCUCCUUUCGCAAAAUGAAUGAUAAUGAGUAUAUUUGCAUGAUAUCCUCACUGUUGAAACUUGGAGACUUUGCUGGAGCUGAGGAUCUUUAUAGGGAGUGGGAGUCUGUUUCCGGUACCAAUGAUGUCAGAGUUUCAAACAUACUUCUUGGUUCAUACAUUAACCAAGACCAGAUGGAAAUGGCUGAAGAUUUUUGUAAUCAGAUAGUGCAAAAGGGUGUCAUUCCUUGUUACACUACAUGGGAGCUAUUUACAUGGGGUUAUUUGAAAAGGAAGGAUGUGGAAAAAUUUCUGGAUUAUUUUAGUAAAGCUAUUUCUAGUGUGACAAAAUGGAGUCCGGAUCAAAGGUUAGUACAAGAAGCAUUCAAAAUCAUUGAGGAACAAGCUCACACUAAAGGAGCAGAACAGUUGUUGGUUAUCCUUAGGAAUGCUGGCCACGUCAAUACUAAUAUAUAUAAUCUAUUUCUUAAAACUUAUGCAACUGCUGGUAAAAUGCCUAUGAUUGUCGCAGAGAGGAUGAGAAAGGAUAAUGUUAAGUUGGAUGAAGAGACUCGUAGACUAUUGGAUCUAACGAGUAAAAUGUGUGUGAGCGAUGUUUCAAGGAUUUUAUCCUAAGCCAAGCACCAAUUAAAGGAGUCUUAUGUAGCGUUUGGUUUAUGUGAUAGUACGAGACAUGCAAGCACUAUUUUACUUAGUAUUUUAUAUUCAGUGCAUUCUAAAAAUAGGACAUAACAUGAUAUGGGGUUGGAAAGCAGCGCAUUUAGUUAAUAUUAAAAGGCAUGAAACAAGGAAAACGCUAAGGAAUAGUUCCAUUUUGUUCUUUUCAUGCACCAAUGCUACCUGGAAGACUUGAAAGCGUUUUGGCUACGAUUUUUCAUAGUGCUCGUCCCAUUUGUAUGUUUGUGAAUGUAACAACUCGGCAACUGAUACCAAUUUUGACUCAACCUUGAUUUUGGAGGUAUAAUCAGUAGAUUACCCGGUUGAAUACUUCAA